UCGCUGUGCUCCGGGCCGGAGCCAGGUUGGAGGGACCCCUACCAGGCUCUGUGGGGAAACCGUGCAGGAGCGGCCCCUAAGCCGGGCGGGCGAGCGAGUAGCGGAGCGAGCGAGCGAGCCGGACGCCGGCGUUGAGUGGGCUUCCCCGCACGCUCCCAGGCCGCCCCGGGUCCUGGGCUCUCAGGAGGAUCAGCACCCGGGGCCGAAGAGCGGGGGCGGACGGAGGCGUUGCUGUAGCUCAAUAUCGUCGCGGCGUCUGGAGCCUUAGGUUGGCGCCUGGGGUCGGGGACUGAGGCUCGGGCGCUGCCUGCCGGAGUGGAGAUCCGGUUUGCCUUCCGCCCCCGCUCAGGACCCUGACGCUGGUGAGGCAGCCCCGGGAGCAUGAGCGGGCAGCGUGUGGACGUCAAGGUGGUGAUGCUGGGCAAGGAGUACGUGGGCAAGACGAGCCUGGUGGAGCGAUACGUGCACGAUCGCUUCCUGGUGGGGCCCUAUCAGAACACCAUUGGGGCCGCCUUCGUGGCCAAGGUGAUGUCCGUCGGAGACCGGACGGUGACUUUGGGUAUUUGGGACACAGCAGGCUCUGAGCGCUAUGAGGCCAUGAGCCGAAUCUACUAUCGGGGCGCCAAGGCUGCCAUCGUCUGCUAUGACCUGACGGACAGCAGCAGCUUUGAACGGGCAAAGUUCUGGGUGAAGGAACUGCGCAACCUAGAGGAGGGAUGUAAGAUCUACUUGUGUGGCACCAAGAGUGACCUGCUGGAGGAGGACAGGCGGCGCCGACGUGUGGACUUCCACGACGUCCAGGACUAUGCAGACAAUAUCAAAGCUCAGCUCUUUGAAACAUCCAGCAAGACAGGCCAGAGUGUGGAUGAGCUCUUCCAGAAAGUAGCAGAGGAUUACGUCAGUGUGGCCGCCUUCCAGGUGAUGACAGGGGAAGCUGCCAGGACCAGACUUCCUUCCUGCCACUCUGUUCUCACGAGGCAACCUGGGAGUCCAGCUCCUGUGAGUAGACGCUGCCAAGCCUGGAAAAGGAUCUCUGAUGCACUUCAUACCCUGACUGUAGUGUGGGGUGGAGGAUGUAAAGAAUAAAAUAAUUAUUUUCAUCAAUGCUAAAGAUGUAGAUUUGGUAGUUGUUCAUAAGAGGAUCAACACAGUGAUUUAAAUCACUUCAAACUCAGUAACUUCAGGGGGAAGCAGACAUUUAAAAACUUGGAUGCUUUUGUAGCAAUCACAACUGUUUUGCUAUUAGAAUGGGUUUGCUCCAGUAGAGAAGCAAAUGAGGCUUUGAAUUCAAAUUUCAACAGUUUCCAUAAUUUUUUCUGACUUAACAGGGCUAGGACAGUUAUUAGUUCUCUAUCUACCUAUGGAAGCUAUGGCUUCCCCCUCAGAAAGGCUUCCUGGGGAAGUGGCUUAGAGGCAGACACUCUAUUGAGAUCCUGAUUUACAAGCACUUGGCCAAAUGCCAAAAUACCAUCCUACACAAAGAUCAGGAGUUUCUAAGAGUAAAGAUUUCCUUUUAACUGCCAAGUCACACCCCCUGGAGAAAAGGUCUCAGUAUAGGUUCCAGGAGAAUCCCCAAAGGAUGGCAAGGUCACCCCCCCCCCCCGCCAAUGGGUCAUGCAAGAGUCUCACUUCCCAAAAGUCCUUCCGACUCUGCUUCUAAUUGUAUAGUGACUGCUUUCAUGAUGUUAACAAUCUAGUAUCAAAUGCUAUCAGUGGGCCUGAGAGUUGAACAUCUAAUUUCCAAUCAACCUAAGAGAGUCUUACAAUGGCCCUCAUGAAAGCCGGGCUGGCUGUCCAUCCAUUUAAAUAAACAGCUUCAGAAGUUGUUUCCUACGCAGGUCUAGAAGGAAGCUUUCCAGUGAAUGGGAGAAUGGAAAAAACUGAAACAAAACCACAAAGUGGCCCACCUUUCCCUCACUCCUUCCUGUCCUGUGAGACAUAUCUAGAGUGGCUGUCAAGUCAAUUACCUACCAAAGCCUACAUCAGAGAAGCUCCUUCAGGAUCAAACUUCUCCACUUAAAAUUUUUACAUAGCCUGCACACCACCCCC